AUGCACUUGCAACAACAAACAAGCCAGGAAACAUGGCAGACCACUUUCCAAGGCACUAAUUUAAGACAAGAUCCACCAAGGCCGCAGCAGCUGCAGCCCCUUGCACCGCACCGAAUUGCCAGCAGCGCUAGCAGCGCCACGGCGAAGAACAUGGUUGAGGAGAAGGCUGAAGAAGGGAAGCUGGAAGAAAAGUUGAAGACAAAAGGAAUGCUGAAGCUGAUGACAUGCGUGCCAUUAGCCUCAAAGCAUGCGCUGGAUGUUUUGUCAGGAGUCCAAGAAUUGGUGGUGAAGCUCAGAAGGUAUGGCUACCCAGUCGUACGCCUGCACACGGACUAUGAAACAACCUUUGUCAACAAGCACUUGAAGGGAUGGUGCUUGAACCGAGGAAUUGUGAGGACAUCGUCCACCCCAGAAGAACACCAACAAAAUGGAAGAGCGGAAGCUGCAAUAGCUUCUAUCAAGGGAAGGGUGCGACGUCUCUUGCACUCCUCUGGCAUGGAGACGAAGUGGUGGCCGAUUGCAGCACGACAUGUGGUAGAGCUGGAGAGAAGAAGGUUUGAAAAGAUUGAGGACAAGCUGCCAAGGUUUGGACAGAAGAUAGUGACAAGAAAGCGGAAAUGGAAAAGAGGAGAUGAGUUUGAAACUACAGCGCAAGAAGUCACUUACCUGACUCCAAUCCCAGAAGUUUCAAAAGGACAUGCGGUUAUGGAAGAAGAUGGGAGUUUCAAGGUGGUGAGCUGCCUGAUCCAGGACUGCAAAGAGCCGCAGGAGGAAGAAAAGAAGUUGGAGUUAGAAGAAGUGAUUCAAGAAAGGGAUCCUAUGGAAGCGCGAAGAAGACUGAGGAAAAAGAUGUCAGUCGCUUCUUUGAGGAUUCCAGAAGAAGAAUUUGCAGAAAGUAUCAAGCUGUUCCAGGCAGUUUUGGAGCAGGAUGAAGCGAUGUACAAUGAAGACGAAGAGGUCAUUCCGGCAGUGAUGAAAGGGAUGAUUGCCAUCAGAAAGGAAAUGGCGGCACUGCAAGAAGGCCGACUUGAAGAAGAAGUGCUACAGACCAGGGUAGUUUCCAACCAGGAAGUGUAUCAAAACAAAGGUGAGUGGGUUGGAGCUAUCAGAAAGGAGAUUAACAAUUUGGUGCAGAAAGGAGCAGUCAAGAGGCUGACCAAAGAGGAAGCUGCGUACUACAAGAGAGAGCAUGCAGACAAGUUGGAGGUGGUGCCAGGAAAAGCAGUACACACGAUAAAAGCACCAGAUGGUAAGAAGAAAUGCCGCCUGGUGGUGUGUGGGAAUCACCUUCAAGGAGGAGACAAAAAAGAAACCAAGGAGGAACAUGCCAACUACUAUGCAGGAGGGGCAGACACAAUCUGCCUGCGACUUGCACUGUCCAUGGCAGCACGCUAUGGGUGGGACAUUGCAGGUUUAGAUGUGGUUGCAGCGUUUUUGAACGCGCAGCUGGGGGAUGUGCAUGAGAAACCACAACCAAGAGAAGACCCAACAAGAGACAGAGGCCGCAUUGUGUUGAUGCAACCACCGCGGGUUCUGGAAAGACUAGGUCUGAUCGAAGUUGGAGAGCUUUGGCUAGUGGAACGUGCCCUCUAUGGACUGAGAGAGUCGCCUCGCCUGUGGAGUGAUCACAGGGAUGGAACCCUACAUGGCAUGGAAAUACAACAAGGAGGCAGGACGUUGAAGUUGCUGCCGAGUUUUGCAGAAGAAAACCUUUGGCUGAUCAAGGAUACCAGCCUUAGAGAUGAAGGUGGAGUGCAAGGAUUGGUUUUGAUUUACGUGGACGACAUGUUGGUCAUGUCGAACCCGGAGAUCACCAACAUGGUGGUGGAAAAGAUACAGAAGACAUGGGAAGUGACCAAACCUCAAUGGGUCACUGAAACAGAGCCAGUUCGGUUCUGCGGGAUCGAGAUCUACAAGAACAACGAAGGGGAUUACUUUGCGGGACAGCAGUCCUUUGUGAAAGAAGUGCUGAAGCGCCACAACUGCAAGGAGUUUGCGGCAUCCCCUUUGAAAGACAACUUCGAGCCGGAGGAGGAGCUAGAUAGGACAAGAGAGGAGAUCCAACUGGCCCAAAAACUGGCCGGAGAACUGCUGUGGUUGGCCGGAAAGACCCGACCCGACCUAGCUUACACUACCAGCCGUAUCUGUUCAAAUGCAACCAGGUCUCCAAAAUGGUGUGCAGGAGCAGCUGCACACACCAUGAAGUACCUCAACAGAACCUGGGGUAUGGGACUGUACUUCAGGAAGAAGGGAGGGAAUGUCCUGGAAGUGGCAACAGAUGCCAGUUUUGCACCAGGUGGUGGUUUGUCGCAUGGCUCAGUGGUAGCAAGCAUGGGAGGUACGCCAGUGAUGUGGAGGUCCUCAAAACAGCCUUUCCCCUGUUUGUCUACCGCAGAGACUGAGCUGGUAGAAGCCAUCGAGGGAGUCAUAGUUGGAGACUCUUUAGCAUGCAUAGUGGAGGAGUUGGAAGGAAGAGUGGAUAAGCAGCUGGUAUGUGACAACAUGGCAGCCGUGGCUUUGUCCACCACGCGGACAGGAGCUUGGCGCACACGGCAUUUGAAAGUACGUGCGACACACCUCAAAUGGAGGGUGGAAGCUGGAGACUGGAAGAUGCACCAUGCACGGGGCACAGAGCUCGUCGCAGACAUGGGUACAAAGCUUCUUGGUGCCAACAAAACGAAGGAUCUGUCAAAGAAGAUGAAUCUGGAAUGGCUACCAGAUGUAGUAGCUUUCUCCAGAGCGAAGGAAGAAAGGAUUGAGAAAGAGGAAGAAAAAUUGGCAGAGGAACAGGACAGAGAACCAGCUGUGACGGUAUCCAAGAAGGUCUUUGCAGGAGAUAUGGAAAAGGUGGUAAAGAUCGCCACCCUCAUGGCGGUACUUCAGAAGGUAGAAAGAGUAUAUGCCAUGGACAAGAGUGAGACGGAAGAAGGAUCAGAAGUUUUGGCGGCAUUUGGCUUGUUGAUGAUGAUCCUUGGAGUGGUUUUGUACAAGUUGGUAGAAAGAAUGUGGAAGAUCUUUCAUGAGAAGAGAGAUCACGAGGAAUGCCAAGCUCGCGCCCUUACGCGCGACUCUCGCGCCCUUAUGCGCGACUCUCGCGGCCUUAUGCGCGACUCUCGCGGCCUUACGCGCGACUUUCGCGGCUUCAUGCGCGAUCGAGAACGUCACCAACUUCAUGUACGCGAAGAAGAAGAAGAGAUAAGUUGUGAAGAAGGAGAACAGACCAUCGUGAAAGUGGCGACUCUGAGGAUGAGAAAAGCUGAAAACAAAGGUUCCAAUGAAAAAAGACAGGAAGGAGGAAGCUCCGCUACCAGAAGCGACAGUCACACAACCGAGAAAGGCACGGAGGAACGACAUGACAAAAAGGGAGCACAGACAGACGGAGCUGUGGGAACCCUGGAGGAGAGGGAGCCCAGUCUGCUCGUCCUGGACGACGCUGUGGGAACCCUGGAGGAGAGGGAGCCCACUCUGCGGGUCCGAGCGGAGCAGUGCCCACUCCUGGAUGGCGCUGUGGGAACCCUGGAGGAGAGGGAGCCCAGUCUGCGGGUCCGAGUGGUGCAAAGCCUAACCAAGGUGGUCGUUGAGAAGCUCACGAUCAUGGCCACAAAGGAGCUCCGCAAAGGCUACACGCAGUUUCAGCUGGGCGUCUCCUUCUGCGGAAGGGACCUCAAAUCGAGGCGGGUCCCUUGGAGAAUGGGCUUAAUGUGCCUCUCGAAGCCCAGCACGAUGGAAAUGCAGCCCAAGUGGCGUGUGAUCUUCGCAAUCGACGGCCCGGACGGCUUGACGUCCAGAGAGUUGUCCCUGGCAUUGUCUGAGACACCGGAACCUCCGACCAGCCAUCGUUUACGCUUCAUCAUUUAUGGCGUCCGAGCUCAAGCCACAGGUGUGGAGGAGGUGAGAGAGCUUGGGAGUUGCGAGCUGUGUGCUGGCUAUGAUCUGCCAAUCUCCGACCUUCGUCCAGCUGACCCCAGGGCCCAGCGCAUCAUUGAAGUGUCUGCUGCAGAGGCCGAGCUAGGAGCAGCUGCCCUGACUCCAGCUCUACGUGCCACCCUGCAGCUGUCCACCCGACGUGCUGGUCGUUUACGAGAAGUGGCAGGCGAUCCAGUUGGACGUCGAUGAAGAGAAUCUGCCUGCCUUGCGGCUGUUUUUUGGCGAUCGGUGGAGGCAUUCGCUCCGAUGGGCCCACCGAAGUGAGGAGAUGAGAGUUUCAGGACGGCUGAGCUCAAAAAACCCAGCAUCCAGC